GUCAAUGAUAAAAACUCACCCCUACAGCACAAUAUAAAUUCUUGCCAUUCGUAAAUUUAACUGAGAGAAAAAAGGAUAAUAUGGAUAUUAAGUCGUUUUUGUACGAGUAUUGUUCUAAGUCACGCCUGGAACCAAAAUUGGACGUUCGCCAAACGGGACCAAAAAACAGGCAACGGUUCUUAUGCGAAGUGCGUGUAGAUCAAAACAACUACAUUGGGGUGGGCAACUCCACCAACAAAAAGGACGCCGAAAAGAAUGCGUGCCGCGACUUUGUAAAUUACUUAGUGCGCGUCGGUAAGCUAAAUGCUAAUGAUGUGCCCCCAGAUGCUGGCCUCGGGACGUCUGGCCCCAGAGGUGGUCCUCAAGCCGAUGGUCAGUCAGAGGGUGGGGGAGGAGACGGGGGUCAGUCGCGACGCGUUUUCGGCGGGAAGUCGGGCCCACAGGACCUGGGUGAAGCGUACCGGCCACUCAAUCACGAGGGCGAUGGUGGUCAUCGCUUCAAUAUAAUCGACCACGUGCAGGAGCAGAAAGAUAUGAAUGAGGCCGAGUCAAUCGACGUUAAUGCUGCAAUUCAUGGCAACUGGACCAUAGAAAAUGCCAAGGACCGCUUGAACAUGUACAAGCAGGCAAACAAUAUUCGCGAUGAUUACAAGUAUACUCCGGUGGGCCCGGAUCACGCUAGGAGCUUCAUGGCAGAGCUGUCUAUAUUUGUUCCGGCUCUCAAGCGAAAGGUCACUGCUCGCGAGACGGGUUCUAACAAGAAAGCGGCCAGCAAGUCGUGCGCUUUGUCAUUGGUCCGUCAGCUGUUUCACCUGAAGGUAAUUGAAGCCUUUAGUGGCACCCUUAAGAAAAAGAAGGACGAGGAGUUGAAGCCCUAUCCAGUUAGCCUGUCUCCCAACCUAGUGGCAAGCGUAGACGAAGUUAUUAGGAUGCUGGACAUGCCUGUCGUUAAUCCUUGCAACAUUAAAAUCGAACCGGAUGCGGCUCCAAUUUCCCUAAUUGUUAACCAGAAUCGCAUGGACAUGGGCCAAGAGCCGGGAGAGAAGCGUCAGGAAAGCUCGGUUAUUCCGUGGGCGCCCCCGUUGCCGAAUUGGAACGCCUGGCAUGCCUGCAACAUCGAUGAAGGCGAACUAGCCACAGUUAGCAUUGAUGACCUAUCAGCAGACUUUGAGCGCUCGUUGCGCGAUCGCCGUCAGAAUGAUGCUGAAUAUAGGCAAUUUCUUGAAUUCCGUGACAAGCUGCCCAUCGCCGCUAUGCGCUCUGAGAUUCUCAGUGCCAUAAAUGAAAACCCUGUUGUAAUUAUUCGAGGCAACACGGGGUGCGGCAAGACAACCCAGAUAGCCCAGUACAUCCUGGAUGACUACAUCUCUUCGGGGCAGGGUGGCUACGCAAAUAUUUAUGUUACACAGCCGCGACGAAUCUCGGCCAUAUCUGUAGCGGAGCGCGUAGCCCGCGAGCGUUGCGAGCAGUUAGGCGACACCGUUGGCUACUCGGUGCGUUUUGAGUCUGUGUUUCCCAGACCUUAUGGAGCAAUUCUCUUCUGUACUGUGGGAGUGCUACUGCGCAAGCUGGAAGCUGGCCUGCGAGGUGUCUCUCACAUUAUUGUUGACGAAAUCCACGAGCGGGACGUAAAUAGUGAUUUUCUGCUGGUUAUACUCCGUGACAUGGUCGAUACGUAUCCAGAAUUGCAUGUUAUCCUGAUGUCAGCCACAAUAGACACGUCGCUUUUCUCCAAAUAUUUUGGCAACUGCCCGGUAUUGGAAGUGCCUGGCCGGGCUUUUCCCGUACAGCAGUUCUUUUUGGAAGAUAUUCUUCAGAUGACCAACUUCGUACCAUCUGCGGAGUCGAGGCGGAAGCGCAAAGAAGCCGAGGAUGAAGAGCAGAUGCAGCUUUCCGAGAAUAAAGAGGAGGCAGAGACCAAUUACAAUAAAAUUUGUGAGGAGAAAUAUUCGCAGCAGACACGCAACGCCAUGGCCAUGUUGUCCGAAGCGGAUGUAAGCUUCGAACUUUUAGAGUCACUGCUGGUUCAUAUCAAAUCAAAGAACAUACCUGGAGCCAUUCUCGUCUUUCUUCCCGGCUGGAACCUUAUCUUUGCGUUGAUGAAGUUUUUGCAAAGCUCCAACACAUUCGGUAAUUCGUCCCAAUACCGCAUUCUGCCGUGUCACUCCCAGAUCCCGCGUGACGAUCAACGCAAAGUGUUUGAGCCAGUGCCUGACGGCGUUACCAAAAUCAUUCUCUCCACCAAUAUUGCAGAGACUUCGAUCACCAUCGACGACAUCGUUUUCGUGGUGGACAUUUGUAAAGCACGCAUGAAGCUGUUCACUUCUCACAACAACCUUACAAGCUACGCGACCGUGUGGGCUAGCAAAACCAACCUGGAGCAGCGCAAAGGCCGUGCAGGUCGCGUCCGCCCAGGCUUCUGUUUUACACUCUGCUCGCGUGCUCGCUAUGCAGCACUUGAGGAAAAUCUUACCCCCGAGAUGUUCCGAACGCCGCUGCAUGAGAUGGCUCUCACUGUAAAGUUGCUGCGAUUGGGGGCUAUUCAUCACUUCUUAUCCAAGGCUCUGGAGCCCCCACCUGUCGACGCAGUAAUUGAAGCCGAAGUAUUGUUGCGCGAAAUGCGUUGCUUGGAUGCCAACGACGAGUUAACCCCUUUGGGCCGCCUUCUGGCCCGCCUACCGAUUGAGCCGCGUCUAGGAAAAAUGAUGGUUCUAGGAGCCGUAUUCGGAUGCGCUGACCUCGUUGCGAGCAUGGCUUCCUAUUCAAGCACUUUCUCUGAGGUGUUUGCGUUAGACAUCGGUCAACGACGCCUAGCCAACCACCAGAAGGCUUUGAGUGGAAGGAAGUGUUCCGACCAUGUGGCCAUGAUCGUCGCUUCGCAAAUGUGGCAGCGUGCCAAGCACCGUGGUGAACAGGAGGAAGCUCGCUUUUGUGACUGGAAGGGAUUGCAGAUGUCGACAAUGAAUGUUAUGUGGGACGCGAAGCAGCAGUUGCUGGAUUUGCUGCAGCAGGCCGGCUUUCCGGAAGAAUGCAUGGUGCCGUACCACGUGGACGCAGAAACUCCGGGGGACGAUCCACAGCUUGACAUAGCUCUGGCGCUUCUCUGCUUGGGCCUCUACCCUAACAUUUGUGUGCACAAGGAGAAACGAAAAGUUUUAACAACAGAAUCCAAGGCUGCGUUGUUGCACAAGACUUCGGUAAACUGCAGCAACCUGGCCAUCACAUUUCCGUACCCGUUCUUUGUCUUCGGUGAAAAAAUACGCACCCGCGCCGUCUCUUGCAAGCAGCUCUCGAUGGUAUCGCCUCUUCAAGUGAUGUUAUUCGGAUCGCGCAAGAUCGACUUAACGGCCAACAACGUGGUGCGUGUAGACAACUGGGUCAACUUCGAUAUGGAGCCAGAGCAUGCUGCCAAAAUUGGAGCCUUGAAGCCGGCAUUAGAAGACUUGAUUACAGUCGCUUGUGACAAUCCGGCUGACGUGCUUAACCUGGAAGGACCUUACGCACAAUUAGUAAACGUGGUUAAGGACCUUUGCGUUAAGAGCGCGGGAGACUUCAACAUAAAACGCCAGGAGGGUAUUUUACCGCAUCAAUCGCGGCAGUCAAGCGCUGGUGGCGGUGGACCCCCAAAACGGGGCCGAUUUGACGGAAGUGGUAGUGCUGGACGAUAUUCCGGAGGUUUUGGGAACAGGGGAUCAGGCGGCUAUGGAAACAGAGGAAGUAACAGCGGACGCAGUUUUGGUUUUGGUGGAAACGGUGGCGGCGGCGGUAACAGUUUUGGAGGAAGAUAUGGAAACAAUGACGGAGGAUAUGGUAACAUAGGCGGUGGUGGAGGCGGCGGCUAUGGUAACAUGGGAGGGGGUGGAGGAGGCGGCGGCUACGGUAACAUGGGUGGCGGCGGAGGAGGAUUUGGCAACAUGGGAGGUGGUGGAGGAGGAGGCGGCGGCACCUAUGGAGACAAUAGAGGAGGGAACAAUGGAAACAACGGAAACUACAGCGGAGGUAGUUACGGCAACGGAGGCGGAAACAAUUUUGGAGGAAACGGUAACUGGGGACGUUAUUAAUCAUGGUUCCGAAUUUCUGGGCGUAUUCACAUUAUAACCACAGCGGGUAGAUAAGAUUUUAUAAAUAAAACAAAAGAAUUAAGUUGACUUAAUAAAAAAAACAAUUUUAUGUCAGUAAUUAGAAA